AUGUCGAGCAAUGAUACAACUAAUCCAGUCGAAGUGGAUAGCACCCAGCUGGUGAAAGUUGAGAAUAGUCCAAAUACAUUAAAUGAGUCACAAAUUGAUGAGAUGUAUACUCAGAUCAAAAAAAGUGACAGUGAGAUACCUAACUCCAUAGUGGAAGAACAACCGACUCAUGAGUCUGAAGCCAUAACCACAGAGCCUGAAGCUUCAUCUGAGGAAGCAAAUGAACAAACAGGAACUAAUGAGAGUGUACCAGAUAUAAGUUUACCCGAGCAAAUAUCGGAAGAAGUACAAGAUCUACCAGACCAGAUUGAAUCAGAGCAAUUCGAAGGUGAAUCAGCAAUAACAGACGAACCAAUAACAGACGAACCAAUAACAGACGAACCAAUAACAGACGAACCAAUAACAGAAGAACCAAUAACAGAAGAACCAAUAACAGACGAACCAAUAACAGAAGAACCAAUAUCAAUUGUGCCUUUGGAAACUCAGACAUCUGAAGCCAGAAACACUACAUCACCAGAGCCCUUAUCGGAAAAGUCAGUUCCAGUAAUAGAACCCAGAGAAUCUGAAACGGUAGAAUCAGAACCAGUACCAGUACCCAUACGACCCAGGAAAAGACAAAUAGAUGACAUAGAUGAUUUUAAAAUAAUAGAUCCUAUGGUAGAUUUAACUACAGAAACUACAAAGAGAAAGAUACCUGCGAGAAUAAUUGAUCAAUUCUGGGAACCAUUGAAUGGAAAAUCUCUAUCAUCAUUUGAAAAGGUAUUGAAUAUUGCAUUAAGUAGAACUCUAGAGAGAUACGGAGAUGUGAAAAAUAAUGGAAAGAUAUCUAAACGAAUUUCAGAAGCUCAAAGAAUUAUAUCGAAAACAUGGAUAAAUUCUCAAGAAUCAAAGUCAUUGUUGUCUCGAUUGGUUGUUACACCUUUACCUUUAAAUAAUACCAUGAAUAAAGAUAUGAAACUGGAGGAUGUAUUAAGUUAUGAUGAAUUAUUGAGAAGAAAGAAGUUCCUAGAAACUUAUCUUGGAGCUCUAAUAAAGCAAUUGGAACAAUUAGAGAAACAUUAUAAUGAGUUAAAUGUAUCUUAUCAACUGGAUUUAAAAUAUUUACAAGACUUUAAAAAGACUACUAGCUCCAAUAUUAAUCAAAUGCAAAGAGAAUUAAAUGAAAAGAGAGUUGAUUUAGAUAUUCCACUUGGUAGUGAAGCCAUAAUAGAAUCCACUAAAGAUCUUAAUCUACAAAUGGAGAAUAAAUCUAUUCAUAAAAAAUUUAAUCCUAAUGAAGAUAAUGAAACUAAAGAUAUAUUAUGCUCAUUGCAUAACCAUUUACAAAGUAUAUCGACAAAUACUCAAGGAUUGAAAACUCUUAAUGAUAAAUUGGAAAUAUUAUAUAAUGUAUUAGAUAUACUCUAA